AGCGUAGGUUCAGUUAUUUCCAGAAUCUACCGUUUCAAGACUACACUACUCAAAUUGUUUCUCAGUGAUCACGUCAUCGAAAAUGUCUGCUCCCGCCGCCGUUGAACAGCCGAUGGAGAAGCCGAAGUCAGUCAAGGAGAAAAAGCCCAAGGCUCCCAAGAAGCAGCCCAAACAGGCCAAAACCGCUUCUCACCCUCCAUAUUUUCAGAUGAUUAAGGAGGCGUUGGUGGCUCUGAACGAGAAAGGCGGUUCGAGCCCUUACGCGAUAGCCAAGUACAUGGAGGAGAAGCACAAGGCGGUGCUGCCCGAGAAUUUCAGGAAGAUUCUUGCGUUGCAGCUCAAGAACCAAACCGCCAAAGGGAACCUCCUCAAGAUCAAGGCCUCCUACAAGCUCUCCGGUGCCGCCAAGAAGGACAAGAAGGAAAUCUCGAUGAAGCAGCAGAAGCCGCAGCAGCGCCCCAAGCGGAGUGCCUCCGUGGCGGCGAAGGUUGGUGUUAAGAAGACGAAGAAGGUGUCGACGCCGGCAAAGCCGAAGCAGCCAAAGUCGCUAAAGUCUCCGGCAAAGAGGGCCAGGAAGGGCACUGCAGCUGCCUGAUGGUGUUUUAGUUGAAUAGGGAAAUUGCAUCAUGUAACUAACUAUGUGAAUAUGAAUAGGGCCAUAGAGGCGUAGUUUUAUGUUUUAGUAUCGUCCUUUCACACUUACUAUAAUAAUCUUCCAUUUCCAUGUAAUAUAUGACCCUAUCAACUGGAGGUUAGUUUUUGUCUGUUUGUGUUAAA